AAAGGAGGCUAGGCUAGAGUAGAUCCUGCAGAGGCUAUCUCCCCGCUAGAUAAGCACCUGUCUGCUUUUUUACCAGGCCGUCAUUCUGCGAACAGAACAGAAGGACAUAUUUACCCUUUUAAGGCGCAAAAUGAAGCGAUUUGUUUACAUUGUUUGGUUUGCUGUGGAUUUUCAGUUUGUCCUCAAUUCCCCGACUCUUGGAUUUAAAAAUAAUCCCAGACUUCUAAGCAAAGGUAUAACCAAUGAUGUAUUUGAAUACCAGGUCUAUCAGAACCACAGUGUGUUCUUCUAUCAUGAUGACUAUGAGGAGAUGUACGUUGGAGGCACCGAUUUUGUGUUGAAACUUGAUGUGGAUAACUAUCAUAUUAUAGAGAAAUUUCUUCUGAAAACCCACUGCCAAGAGGGCCAAUGUGCAAAUGUCAUCACUGUGAUCGAGAAGUUUCAGGACAGCCUGUUUGUCUGUGGAACAAAUGGACACAAACCACAGUGUUGGAAGCUUGUGAGUUUUUCUUCAGUGAACAACCAGUCUCAUGAAAUAGUGGAGAGUUAUGAGGGGACUGGCAUCUCUCCGUUCGUGUACACACAUAACUCCAUAUGCCUCACAGUAGAGGGGGAUCUAUAUACAGCAGCACCUUUGAAUGCUGAUGGAAGUUCAUUACAAUUCAGAAGGAAAGCUGGCAGCAGAACUAAUGUCUGGAUGUAUGACAACUGGGUCUUAGAGCCCACGUUCAUCUCUGCGUCCUGGGUGAAGCGUAGGGAAGACCCUGACAACGAGAAAAUCUACAUCUUUUUCCGUGAAAAGAACUCUGAUCACAACCGGGAGGCUGACCCCUGGAUAUCGAGGGUUGCCAGAGUUUGUAAGGUAGAUGAAGGCGGAUCAAAAAGAUUCUUCCAAAACAUGUGGACAUCUUUCCUCAAAGCGCGGCUUGUCUGUGGGUUUCCAGAGGAGUCGCUGUAUUUCAACCGACUCCAAGACAUUUAUGUGAUGCACGCUGAGGACUGGCAUGACACAAGAGUCUAUGCCCUUUUCACAAGCAGCUGGAACUCCACAGCAGUGUGCAUCUAUUCAAUUGGAAUGAUUGAAGAAAUAUUUGAGAACUCAACUUUCAAGGGCUACAACGAAGUCAUUCCCAAACCAAGGCCAGGAACGUGUGUAAAAAACAGCAGGACCCUGCCACUGGCCACUGUCAAUAUGGUGAAGGAUUACCCAGAGAUGACUGACUGGGUUCACUCUGUGCAUUAUAGAGCUCCAUUUUAUAUAAGCAGCAACAACUACACCAAGAUCGUUGUGGACCGAGUCCAGGCAGCAGACCAGCGCGUGUAUAACAUUCUGUUUCUGGCUACUGAUUCUGGAAAGAUCCAUAAAGUCUUAGAGGCUGGGUCAGAACCUUUCAUCAUCUCUGAAACGCAACUCUCCAGCCGUUCAGCCAUACAAUCAAUGAAGCUGGACUCCAAAAAGAAAAGGUUAGUGGUGGGUUUUUCGGAGAAGAUUUCUAUCAUGGAUCUCCAGAAGUGUCAGGAGAACAAGUCCUGUGCAGAUUGUGUUCUGGCUCGGGACCCGUACUGUGCCUGGACGACGUUUGGGUGUACCCCAACUGUCCCUGGGGGCAUUCAAAAUAUCAUUGAUGGGAACAGAACUGUGUGUCCUACAUCAGUAGAAGAACAAAAACAAGUAAACCGGACCAAACGGGAGACGGCUCCACCAUCACCAGUGGAUUUGAGGACAGCUCACUCUGUCCCACUGGGUGUCUCUUUCUAUCUGUCCUGUCCUAUAGACUCUUACCACGCUGUUUACACCUGGGAGCAUGGAGGCCAGAGCAGCCCUUGUCUGCAAAUGCAGUCUAACUGCCUGCACCUCAUCCCCAACAUGGCACAAGAGAACUAUGGCGGCUACAAGUGUAUUUCCAAAGAGAAAGACUACACUAAAGUGGUGAAAACGUAUCAGCUUAUAGAGCAGAUGAUCCCAGAUACAAAUGAAAAAACUGACAGAAGCAAUUCCUUUGGCAGAACAACUGAUGCAUCAGCUGUGGUGCAGCAGAAAGCAUGGAUCACCCUUGGACUGGCUGUAACAUUGUUGGGGAUUUUCAGAUAGGUGCAUCCGCAAAAAUGACUAUUUAAACGUUACACUCCUUUCUCUUUGAAAAGCUUUUCUGCUGUUCCAGAUCUCAUGUUUGAAAAUCUAACAUCAAAAUCCCCAGGCCCUUUGUCCUUGCCAUUGCUCUCAGGCCAGGACGCAGGCAACAUUAAAGGAAAUCCACUUUAACACCAGCAGGACACGCCUGCUGAGAACCUAGCACCUUAUUUGUGCAAGCGGUCACACAGCUGUGUUUGGCAAAAAAAAAAAAAAAAAAAAAAAAAGUUUUCAAGUCUGCAGGAAAAUGCUGUAGCCAAGUUUCUUUUUAAAAGAGAAGCCAGAACAGGAAGAGGUUGGUUUGAUGGCGAGAAGGAAUUUCUUUUAACAAGAGCUAAAUCCAAACCAAAGCACACUUUAAAAUGUUAUGAUCAUGACUGCAAAAGCUUCAGGUCAGAGAGUACAGUAGACAGUAAGUAGGUGUGAUGGAGUAGUGCGCGAACAUGUUGAGGCCAGCUUUUUGAUCUGUGGUCUAUUAGAGGUCAGAAAAAGGUAAAGUUCCUGUGUAAAUUCCCUCUGUGCCCCACUCAAGUGCACUGCUGACAGAUUAUUUGUUUUAGAUUGUUAUGGGAAGGGUGGAGGCAGCCAGGGACCCUCCCUGAAUUUCCAUGUUGAAAAAUAGCCACCUUGUUUAAUUUCCACUUCAAUGUUGACAAAAAAGUACAUUUGAUUGAAUAACACAACAUAUAUUUUUGCAGUGACAAAGAGAAACACAUCAAUAUUAGCUGCAGUGUGAGCGAUGGAGAUUAGUCCCACAUUCCACUUGAAGCAGAACAGAUUUUAGUUGGUUGUUGAAGGUGAUAGAUACAUUGAAGUUUUAUAUAAGCUACUUUUCCAGUCAGUUAUUUAUAUUAAAGUGAGAUUAUGUAACUUUUGUCAUACAGUAGCCACUGUUGCCACAAGUGAUAAUUACGGGAUAAAUGCUAAAACAGUACAACACCAGCAAGAGUAGAGAAAAGUAAGAGAACAGGCUUAGUAAUGGCCAUUAUGGAGCAAUAUCUGGCUAAAGUCUGCUAACAUUAGCAACUAAAAGCUACCAAUAGAUCAUAUUGGGCCAACCCAAGUAAGGCUGUAGCAGCAAACCCUUCAUGUAUUGAAUUAAGCAGUGUUGUGUUUUAUUGCUUACGGAUUCAACUGACAUAGUCUCAAUUUAAACAAGAAAUUAUUCUUUAAAAUGUUUAAAAAACGACUAAGCUAAAUAUAUUUAUUAAGUUAAUAGUAUUUUGACAAGAUGUUUUGUUUCAUACUGGAGAUUGUUAUACAUGCAAGCAGCAUUGUGUCCUUAAAAAGUAAUAUUUUGUAUAAUGAUUAUUUGAAAAUGCUCCUUAAAAAUGUACAGUAAGUGCAUACGAUUGAUUUCCUGCUCAUUCAAAUAAAAAAAGGAGUCAUAGUCACGUCUCUCUUCGAUCCACUCAUAAGUGGUUUCAAGAAGGUAGUUUAUUCAUCCUUAGUAGGUCAUUCCUUCAUCAGACAUGGCACUCAGUAAACCAUGUGCAGACUGGUCAGAGUACAGGCAACAACUAAAGAUCUUUAGCUUAAUCUGUUUUAUUCCUGGAUCUAAAGUCUCAACCCUGCUAAUGACGACAAAGUGAGUACAUCUUGCUUAUACAAAGAAAGAAAAUAAAACACAACUACCCUGUAUCCCUCCAGCCAUCACUCCACAACCACCCAUGUAGAAAUCCUGCAUUCAUGUCCAGAUUUUCUUUCAGAUUAAGUAGUUUAAAAGCUUCGUUAGAAUUUUCCUGCUGUUUAUAUUGCUGUCAUCUAAAAUUAACCUUACACAUCUACAUCAGUCAAAUCUGAUUUUCAGAUUUUGAAUACUUCUAAAUUUUCCACCUGACACAAAAAUAAUCUGGGAUUUUUUUAUGUUAGUGAGUUGAGA